AUGUCUGGGGUGAUUGUCAAUGCUUCCGAGCUCGAUAGAAUUCGGAAGUCGGCCAUUGGUCAGACCGAUGAUGACAAAGCAGUAGCUGAGAAGCGAGAGCGGGCUCUCGCUAUGCAUGAGAAGUCGAAAGCUCGAGCCGGGGGCUGGUCAAACACCUUAGAUGGAAGUCGCAAGAAGAAGGAACAAGAUCGUAUAGAGCGUAUUGAGAGAGAAGAGCGAGAGAGGCAGAAAAUUGAUAUGGAGGAAGCUCGAUACCAGCUAGAAGAGAGACGCAAAGCUAUUCAGCGAGCCAAUAAGAUCCUCAAGGAGCAGACUGAUCGUAUCAAGAGCUUCCACAGUGCCAUGAUGUAUAGUGACGUAUUGGCCGAGCGUGAGGCGCAGGUAUCCUAG